GCCGCCUGCAGCCAGCAGCAGAUGCAGGAUCAGCAGUCCCCAGCCACACAGGAGAUCAGCCACUAAUCUCACAGCAAAGCUGUCAGCUCCACGUCCACAAUAAGAGCCCAUCUUCAGGAGCAGGAGCCGAGAGGAAGCCUGCAGAAUGAGUGAACAGAGUAUCUGCCAAGCUCGUGCUUCUGUCAUGAUCUACGAUGACACCAGCAAGAAAUGGGUGCCAAUCAAACCCGGGCAGCAGGGCUUCAGCCGGAUUAACAUCUACCAUAAUACUGCCAACAACACCUUCAGAGUAGUCGGAGUCAAACUUCAGGAUCAGCAAGUAGUAAUAAACUAUUCACUUGUGAAAGGUCUGAAAUACAACCAGGCCACGCCAACCUUUCACCAAUGGAGGGACGCCCGGCAGGUGUACGGCUUGAACUUUGCAAGCAAAGAAGAGGCCACCGCUUUCUCCAACGCCAUGCUGUUCGCGCUCAACAUCAUGAACUCACAAGACGGAGGUCCUGCAGCUCAGCGCCAAGUCCAGAGCAUCCAGAAUGGACCCUCCCCGGACGAAAUGGAGAUCCAGAGAAGGCAAAUAAUGGAAGCGCAACUGCGACAAGAGACGCUGGAAAGGAGGACGUCGACCACAGUUUCCACCCUUCAGAUAAACGUACCUUCCUCCCCCACCCACUGCCAGUCUCCUCCUCCUGACUACAAUAACUACAGAACAUCUCCUUCCGCUGGCGCUAUCCCGCCACCAUCUUACGCCAAAGCUAUCUCUUCAGCAUCUCCUGUCCCCGAACCCAGUAAUCUGUCCUCUCAAAAGUCCUGUAACAGAACCAGCGAUUCCCCAGAGGUGCCGUCUCACAGUCUUUCCGGAUUCGAGCCUUCCUCUUCCCAAGCUUCUGCCUUUUCUCCAAUCUGGCCAAGUAACGGGACCCUAUCCCGAAGCGUCAAGCAGAUCUCCCUAUCCCCUCCAAACCCUUCCAGUUCCCAUUCUCCAUUAACUUCUUCUCAUCAGUCUGUAAAGCAUACCCCUGUGUCGUUUUCGUCCCGCUCUUCUUCUCCUGCUGUGGCUUCACCAGGCCUUCACCAGAACGUGUCUCCUCAACUCCUUAUUCCAGCGACUCUUCCCGUGAUACCUGCCCAGAACGUCAGGAACAGAGGAGGUCCUGACAAAAUGGUCCAAAACCCAAACGUACCUCAUCAGACAGGGCCAGAUGACCAAGCAGAUGAACCGCGCUCCACUCAGAUUCCAUUAAGUUCUCAGAAAGCCCAAGUUAAAAGCUCCGACCGUUCCUUUCUGUCCUGCCUAGAAACUGUACCCCUCCCUCAGUUGCCAGUCAUUGCCAGCCCGGCUGGGACCCUGACUCAUGCUUCCGCUCAACCUUUCCAUAGCUCCUGUCAACCGUCAUACCAGUCCUCAUCACAUUUUGUCUCAUUACCUCCUCCUUAUGCUGCUGUAUCUGAGCUGAAUUUGUCCAAGAGGACUACACAUUACAUGACAUCCGCCAUUUCCCAGUUAAGUCCCAUGGUCCCUCCUGGCCAUCCCUCCUCUACAACUAUGGUAGCUUCAGUUGGGGUAGCGCCUGCUCCAACCAGUGGACCUGCACCUCCGCCACCACCUGGUCCUCCACCGCCAUCAGGAGCUACCCCGCCACCUGCCCCUCCUUUACCAGCUGGGGGAAGCCAAGGGGUGGUGUAUGAAGAUAGCCCAGCGUCUGGGCUGGCAGCAGCUCUGGCCGGUGCCAAACUGAGGAAAGUACAACGGCCAGAAGAUGUUUCAGGAAGUUCUAGUCCCUGCGGAGCUUCCAAAACUGACGCCAAUCGAACAAGUAGCGGAGGAGGCGGAGGAGGAUUGAUGGAGGAAAUGAAUAAACUGCUGGCAAAAAGAAGAAAAGCAGCUUCACAGACAGAAAAACCUGGGGACAAAAAAGAAGAUGAAUGCCAAAAUGAAGAUGCCAGUCUCUCGUCUUCUCCCAACACGCGGGGUCCCACACCUCAGAACUCUGCAGACUUGGGGAAAAAACCAUGGGAGAGAAGUAAUUCAGUGGAAAAGCCUGUGCCCUCAUUACUGUCCAGAACCCCACCAGUGGUGAAGAGUCCUGAAGCUAAGAGCCCCAUACAAUCUCAGCCACCCUCUAGGAUGAAGCCUGUAAACAGCAGCAAUGACGUUUCAACGGACGCCUUAGACUUCGACCGAAUGAAGCAAGAAAUACUAGAGGAAGUUGUUAGAGAGUUACAUAAAGUCAAAGAAGAGAUUAUCGACGCUAUCAGGCAGGAACUGAGCAGAAUUAGUACAACAUAAUAAUGGAAGGAGUCGUCCGCUCCGGGAAUGUCCAGUGGAGUCCAAGCAGGGCUGAUGAUUUGCGUGUUGAAAUGGUCACUGAAUUAAAGGGGACAGCACCUGCACUCUCUUCCUCUCCCCCGUAGCAGACACACUUUGAAGCUUACAGCCUUGGAUUUUGCUUUAAAGUCUUACCAUGAAAGAAAAAAAAGAUUCAAAAAACAAUUUGACAUUUCUGAAUUUUAUUUUUAGACUUCAUCUGAUUUUGCACACACCGAGAUUUCGUCAGCCUUUUUUUUUUUUUUUGUAUGAUAUAUUUGCUUAUUUAAAUGUAUUAUUUUUCAUUUAGUAGUAGUUACGGGGAAAAAGAAAGAAAAAAAAAAGAGAAAUGUGAUCUAUUUGCUUUAUUAGGACGACUUCAGAGUAAUUUAACCGGUAGUCUGCAGUGUUAGGACCCUUUCUUGCCAACCGAAUUUUAUUGCAGAAUCACAAAGAACCAGAAAAUCACUUUACAAAAAGAAAAAAAAAAAAUGAAAAAAAUCGUACAGUGACAAAAUAAAGAUAUAAAAAAAAAGAAGAUUUCCACUUCCAUCACAAUAUUACAAUGGUACAUCAGUGCACCGCAGUAGCUGUAUUCAUAUUGGUAAUAAAUUGUUUAUUGUCCA